AGAGGGGGCGUUGUCGUAAUGGUUCAGAGGCGGUUGGGGUACUGCAGUUGACACCGAGAGUCUGACGAAAACGAGUGUCAAGGAAGCGGCCGGGCGAGAGCGGCCUCCGGGGGUCUCAUAGUCUACAAUGGACCCUGUUGCUGUUCACAGCUGCCACCUCCUCCAGCAGCUGCGAGAACAGCGGAUCCAGGGCCUGCUUUGUGACUGCAUGCUGGUGGUGAGGGGAGUCUGCUUCAAAGCACACAAGAAUGUGCUGGCAGCCUUCAGCCAGUAUUUCAGGAGCCUCUUUCAGAAUUCUUCUAGCCAGAAGAAUGACGUUUUUCACCUGGAUGUUAAAAAUGUCAGCGGCAUAGGGCAGAUCCUGGACUUCAUGUACACAUCGCGCCUUGACCUUAACCAGGACAACAUUCAGGUGAUGUUGGACACAGCACAGUGUUUGCAAGUGCAGAAUGUUCUGAAUCUGUGCCACACAUUUCUGAAGUCGGCCUCUGCAGCCCAGCUGCCAGGCUUGCCUUGUGCUGGUGGCUUCUCCCUGCAGAGUGUGACUCUGGAUGGCACCUGCGCAGUAAGUGAGCACUACCCUCCUCACUCACUGCAGGAAUGCCCUGUGGAAGGCCCGCAGCCUAAAGUUCUGGCUGAGGUGAAUCCUCGUGUUCCAUCAGCAGAUUUCAGUCGUCCCACAGGAGAAGUGUCAAAACCAGAUGCUGCAGGUGCCAGCUGCCCAGAGUUGCCCUGCAAACAGCCCAACUACUAUUACAAACUCAGAACAUUGUACAGCAAGCAGUAUUACAAGCAAACUGCCUGCCCUAGUCAAGUGCCUGCCCCAGAACAGCCACUCACUCUCAGUGCCUCCACAGACCUCGCUGCAGCAGACUCACAUCCUCCUGUGGAGGUUCGUCCAGGGGUCCCGGAGUCUCCAGAGCACUUGCCUUCCACCUUCGUGGCUCCACCUGUCAGGAACUCUGGCAUUGACUCCGAGGCAGACACCCUGUCUCAGCCACCGGCCAAGCAGAUGAGGCUGAAGAAGGCCAUGCACCUGAAGAAACUAAACUUUCUCAAGUCCCAGCAGUCAGCUGAGUGCACUUCACAUCCUGAGUCAGAUAAUGGGUUGGUCAGGAGGGAGGAGUCUGCUGCUAAGGAAGAUGCAGUGGAGAGAGCCAGAAGCCAGACUACUGAGGAAAAAGGGAGAGAAGAACUGGGUCCAGAGAGCAGCCGGGAGGAGGAGAUGCCAGGAGCCCCAGCUUCAUGGGAAGACCCGUCCCAGGCCCUCCAGUCCCAGAAACAGUAUGCAUGUGAAUUGUGUGGGAAGCCUUUCAAACACCCAAGCAAUCUGGAGCUGCACAAACGAUCUCAUACAGGUGAGAAACCUUUUGAAUGUAACAUUUGUGGGAAACACUUCUCUCAGGCAGGCAACCUUCAGACUCACUUACGCCGGCACUCUGGGGAGAAGCCAUACAUCUGUGAAAUCUGUGGAAAGAGGUUUGCGGCCUCUGGUGACGUUCAGCGCCACAUCAUCAUCCACUCUGGAGAGAAACCACACUUGUGUGACACUUGUGGCCGAGGGUUCAGCAAUUUCAGCAAUUUGAAAGAGCACAAAAAGACACACACAGCUGACAAGGUAUUUACCUGUGAUGAGUGUGGGAAGUCCUUCAACAUGCAGAGGAAGCUGGUGAAGCACCGUGUACGACACACGGGAGAGCGGCCAUACAGCUGCCCUGCCUGUGGGAAAUGCUUUGGGGGCUCAGGAGACCUGCGCAGGCACGUCCGCACUCACACUGGGGAAAAGCCAUAUAGCUGUGAGAUCUGCAGCAAGUGUUUCACACGCUCUGCCGUGCUGCGGCGGCACAAGAGGAUGCACGGCAGAGCUGAGGCCAGGAGCCCAGCCAUGCUGGGUGAGCUGAGCCGGCCCAGCGAGACCUCUGACCUGGACAGGUCUCAGAGCUCGGACUCCUUCUCCCAGGAUGCAUCUGUCACAUUGAUGCCUGUGUCUGUCAAGCUCCCUGUGCACCCCGUGGAAAGUUCUGUGGCAGGAUUUGAUGGUCACUGUACUGGCUCCUACUGUAAGUUACGUUCCAUGCUUCACCCUCCUAGCAUGAGUGACCAGGACAAACUGACCCUGGAACCUACUAAGCUGGCCAAGCCACCAGAGUUGCAGAGCCAGCCACAGGCCUACACUUACUCAGAUGUGGAGCCUUCAGCAGGUGUAGAGCAGCCACAGGCUGAUGCCAUGGCUGUGUCCCGCUCUUCCCUGGCUACUCUGGACAACCACUGCACUGAACCGCUGGGCAGCCGGGCACCUUCGGUGACUUACAGGAACUCUGAGGGACAGUUUUUCUCUAGUAUGACUCUCUGGGGGCUGGCAAUGAAGACACUGCAGAAUGAACAUGAGCUGGAACAGUGAUGUGUCAUCUUGUAACACUGGAGAGAAGUGUCCCUCCUGCCCAGGCAGCUCCCUUCCUACCCUGGAGAAUGGUUACAUGAUUUCCCUCCCAGUGAUUGCUAGGAGCUAACACCGUUAGCCUAGUAAUUGGGUAAUUGCUAAUUGCUAGCACCGUUAACCUAGGAAUUGGGAGAAAGGCCUGCUGGCCCCUGCGGGUACCAGGGAGGCAGACCACACAGGGCUGUCUGUACAGCAGUCUAGGGUAGGAGAACAGCUGCUGCACAUCAGUGUCACAGUGCACCUCACGUCAGCCACUGUACAUUUUAGUCCUAUUAAAUGACAUAUACAUAAAAAUAUAGAUAUUUU